AUGGCCGGGCACGUCGCCGCGCGAGCCCUGGAGUGGGCUCGGGGGCGCCGCGGGGGCCUACCUGGCGCGGUGCCCGACGUGCCCGCCGGUGCCCGACUGCCGGUGCGCCGCGUGCCCGGCGUGCCCGCCGCCUGCGGCCUGUGCCCCCUGCCCAGCGUGCCCGGGCUGCCAAGAGGGGGCGUCGCUGCCCCGCCCUCGCCGGCGUGGCCGCCGGCGGAGAGCUGCCCUGUGCCGCCGGAGGGCGAGCGCGCGGGGCCCGCGGGGCUGGCCCCCGCCUGGGGCCUGUGGGCGGCGCUGGCGCUCGGCGUGGCCGUCGGGGUGGCGCUGGCGGCGGUGCUGCAGGUGGCCUGGAGCGGCUCGAGGUGCUGCUUGAAGCGA